AUGUGCUCUCUUGCGCGCUCUUUGGCGUGCUCUCUCGCGCGCUCUCUUACGCGCUCUCUCACGCGCACCCUCACUCGCUCUCUCACACUCUCUCAUGCGCUCUCUCACGCACUCUCUCACGCUCUCUCUCAUGUGCUCUAUCUAGGCGCACUCUUAGGGGCACUCUCAGGUGCUCUCUCUAGCAUUCUCUCUUACGUUCUUUCUCUCGCACACUCUCAUGCACAUUCUCUCUCUCAAACGCUCUCUCACGCGCACCCUUACACGCUCUCUCACGCGCUCUCUCAUGCGCUCUCACAUGCGCUCUCUCACCCGCUCUCUCAUGCGCACUCUCACGCGCUCUCUCACGCUCCCUCACGUGCUCCCUCGCGCACUCUCAAGCACACUCUCACGCACUCUCUUUCGCGCUUGCUCUCACGCACUCUCACCACAUUCUCUCUCUCGCGGACUAUCACACGCAUUUCCUAUCUCGCGCUCUCACGCGCACUCGCACGCGCUCUCUCAUGCGCUCUCUCAUGCGAUCUCUCUCACGCGUUCCCUCACGCGCUCUCUCAUGCUCACUCUCACGCGCACUUUCACGCACUCUCUCAUGCACACCCUCACACACUCUCUCUCGCGCUCUCUCUCGCGCAUUCUCACCACGUUCUCUCUCUCACGCGCUCUCUCGCGCACUAUCACACGCAUUCACUCUCUCACGCUCUUACGCGCACUCAUACGCGCUCCCUCAUGCGCCCUCCCACGCACUCCCUUACGCACUCUCUCACGCGCUCCCUCAUGCGCUCUCUCACACGCUCUCUCAUGCGCACAUACUCUCCUUCGCGCUCCAUCUCUUUCUUCUUCAAAUGA